ACGUCAUGAUUUGACCUCGUUUUCUUCCGAUUUCCCAUGCCGCGUUUAAAGCGACUGGGAACUCGUAAAUCUCCGACCUUAGUGCGUUCAAAUCAACUCGGAAUUCCAGCUCCGGCCUUUUUCUAAAUCUCCGACUUUCGGACCUGAAGAUCACUGACGACAUAUUCCCAGUUUUGAACGCGGUAGCAGUUGUAUUGAAAGUACCAAUACUUACAAAACAACCCAUUUUGAAAACCAUUUAUUUGAUAAUGAGCUAAUUUAUAGCGGACAAACACUCAACGUUUUAAAACUUUCCUCAUUGAUAUUUCUUCCUCUCAUUAUUUUUCUUAUUAAUAUUAAUCAACUAUUGCUAUCGACCCCGACGCGGAUCAUACAUGCUCCAGUACACUGUACCUUGUAAAACGGUUAUCCGAGUUGCACAAAACAGGAAAUUACAUAAAUGAGUGCAACACAGAGGUCCGACGUUGCAAAUAAGGCAGCACUUGUUCAGCCUGCAACCGAAAGACCAGCUUAUGACAGAAUGUCAGGCAUUGAAGAAACUUCACAUGUAUCCUCAGAAUUGCAGGAUGAGAGGAGGAGCGAGGAAGGGGUCGAAGAGGAGCCCGAAAUUGACUAUGAAAACCCGUUCCGUUAUAUGUUUUACAGAGACAGAAAAGAAUGGGCUGAUUUAGAACCUGUUCCACAAGAUGAUGGUCCCAAUCCUGUUGUGAAGAUUGCCUACUCUGACAAGUUCACAGACGUGUAUGACUAUUUCCGAGCGUUAUUGAAGAAUGACGAAAAAAGCGAUAGGGCAUUCACGCUGACGGGUGAAGCUAUUGAACUGAAUGCUGCAAAUUACACUGUAUGGCACUACCGGCGAGUGUUACUGCAGGCCCUGGAGAAGGACCUGAGAGAGGAGAUGAGGUACAUUACAGCCAUCAUUGAGGACCAGCCCAAAAACUACCAAGUCUGGCACCAUAGACGUAUGGUGGUGGAGUGGCUGAACGACCCCUCGGAAGAACUGGAGUUCAUUGCAGAGAUCCUAAGUCAGGAUGCUAAGAACUACCACGCCUGGCAGCACAGACAGUGGGUCCUCAAGGAGUACAAGCUGUGGGACAGUGAGCUGGAGUAUGUGGAGCAGUUGUUGGAGGAGGAUGUGAGGAACAACUCUGCAUGGAACCAGAGGCACUACGUCAUCUCCCACACAACAGGCUACUCGGACCCAUCCAUACUCAACAGAGAAGUACAGUACAGUCUCAAACAGAUCAAGAAGGCUCCCCACAAUGAAAGUGUGUGGAACUAUUUGAAAGGGAUUCUGCAGGACCGGGGCCUGUCGUCCCACCCGGGUCUCCUGGAGCAGAUCCUGGCGCUCAAGGAGACCCACUGCUCGCCCUACCUGCUGGGCUUCCUGGUGGACAUCUACGAGGACUCCCUGGAGAACACCUCAGGAGACCAGGUGGAGGUCCUUGGCAAGGCCCUGGAGCUCUGUGAGCUCCUGGCCCAGGAGAAGGACACCAUCCGGAGGGAGUACUGGAGCUACGUAGGCCGCUCCCUGCAGACAAAAUACUGCUCUGGUGACCCUUCUACCACCAGCAGCGCCCCAGAAACUGACCGAGGAUCCGCCUCAGUCUCCAUUCACCAGGAGACCACCUGCAAUAGCUAAAAGAAGACAUAGAACCCAAUGGGAGUCGAGGGAGCAACCGCUUUUAUUCAAUCUGCGUUUGUUUGGCGAUAGCGGCAAUAGCACAGCAUUACCACAUUGGUUAAAUAAAAUACAAAGAGAAAUAACAACAAAUACUGUAAGCUUACUGUAAAAGAGAACUCACUGCAAGCUUACUGUAAAAGAGAACUCACUGCAGAUAAGUAUUAUGACUUAGGAUAGAAGAUAUGAAUGCCUGCUGUCCUUGUCAUGUAUUAAGGUUUAUAGCCAUAGGUGAGCUAGUUUGGAUGUUGAUGACUUGAGUGUGUGCUAACCAAGAGUCUUAUUGCUGUGAAUGUUGGCUUUCAGAUCAUACUGUAUCUAGAGUAAUUAUGCUUGUUUUGGAUUUCUUCUGCUGCGCAGUACACAGGGAUAUUUGUAUGUGACACUGUAGCUAAGAUGUUGCUUCUUGCCUAAAAGCCCUUAACAUCUCUGUGUAGAUAGAUAUGUAUUGCUGUCGUUGCCAAAACACUAUAACCAAACUCGGCAUUGCUGUAGGCUACAGAGUCUUUUGUACGCUAUAACUAAUUAUAUGGUUAUUCUAAACUGGAA